AUGUCGCUUGCAUGGCAUAGCGGAUGUCUCGCGCUGGUUGGCCCACGCGUGGACGCAGUCGCCCGCGCUGCGAUCUCCGGCUUCGAGAAGACCACAUACGCACAAUACGCAACGCUGCUCUGUGACCCGGCUUCAUCCUCUUUCCACAUCACAGUCCUCACCAAGGACGAGCUACGAGAUGCAUCCGUCAAACCCGCACUACCUCCACUCGAUUCCGUCGACACCCGGCACCUGCACUUUGUCGGUAUCGGCGGCAACGUGAAGUCUGGUGCUUUCUUCGUUGCAGUCGUGUGGCCUGCUGGGCAGGUUCUGCGGAGCCGUGUCGGCCUCGGAACAAAACACUUCCACAUCACCAUUUCUGUCCGGGACGACCACACGAUCGACAAGGGGUUCGACGCCGUCCUGCCUGCGAACUACUUACCCGACUUCUGUCCUGACGAUCCCGAGUUCCUCGACCACCUCGCGUUUACAUUUCACCUGGAAGGCCGGUACGACCGUGCGCGCAGCACCGCAGCCAGCCUAUGCAAGGCGGCGCCCUCCUCGGAGCGUGGCUUCCUCAGGCUGGCGGACGCGGCGUCCAAGGAAGACCAGCAUAAGCUCGCGAUGCUCGCGUAUGCGUGCGCGUUCCAGCGAUGCUCUGACUCGCGGGUGCGCGAAUAUUGCCUGAAGAGACUGGAGGAGUGCGCUCAGUAUACCGAAUGGGGCGCUGUUUUCACCGAUGCAGAGCGCGAGCGGGUUAACGAAAAGCUUUCUCGCCCUCUGCUGGUACCAUGGUCCAAUGAGCUUCGCGAUGAGCUCAGCCAUCGGACGCUGGCAGACCCUCCGUCACUGUGUAUAUCCUCUCGAGAGCCGAUGUGCAUCACUGGUCACAGUCGCACACGCCACCGCACCGAGUUCUUGCGCAUCCCGCGCUUCUUCAGGUGGCUCGUCCCGUUCUACCUCGCCCUCAUGUCAACCCCUCGCGACGAAGCCGACAUCGACGCCCUCGCCUCGCCCACUUUUGGGAUCUGCAACGACUCGCGCAACACGCCCAUGCUCAUCCACUGCGGCGGCGGCAAAGGGCGCGCAGGCACCGUCGCAGCGUGCUACCUCGUCGCAUACGGGUUCGCGCGGCCCGACGCCUCCCGCACCGAGCCCGCCAUGUCCGCAGGCGCAGCCAUCGCCGCCCUGCGCGCACUCCGCCCGGGGAGCAUCGAGACGCAGCAGCAAGAGGACUUCGUCGCGCGGUACUGCAGCGCGCUCUGGAAACGCCGCGUCAUCCUGCCCGAGCUCGUGUCCGAGCCUGCGCCGUGCCCGCUCGAGAUCGAGGGCGCCUUGCCUGGGGACGCGGACCUGUUCAUCCUGGUCGGGCUGCCGGGCGCGGGCAAGUCGACGUUCGCGCGUAUGCUGAUGGCGCGCGACCCGCGCCGGUGGACGUAUGUCUCGCAGGACGACGCGGGCAGCCGUAGCGCGUGCGAGACCGCGCUCGGGAACGCGCGCACUGGGGCGCGCGUGCUGCUCGAUCUGUGCAACGUCGCGCGCGACAGACGCAAGGAGUGGCUCGCGCUCGCGGCGCACUGGGCGACGGCGCCCGUGUGCGUGUGGUUCGACUACGAGCGGGCGCUGUGUGUGUCGCGGGCGCAGAACCGGGCGGGGCACCCGACGCUCCCUCCAGGAAACCGGGUGCGCAAUGCGAUGGACCAGAUGCACGGCAUGUUCGUCAAGCCUGCGCUUGAGGAAGGCUUUAAGGCUGUUGUGGCUAUACGGUCCUUCGCCGCGGCCGAGGAGUUGGUAUCCCGGCUGUCCCCUCCGAUAGGGUUGCUCAAGUUCCCCCGCACACCCCACCUAAUCGACCUCGGCUCCGCAACGAGCGACGAUGUCGUGCUCGACGCGAUCCCGGUCCCCGGCGACGGGCACGUCGUGAUCACCGAAAAGGUCGACGGGGCGAACAUGGGUUUCUCGCUCUCUGCGGAACGCACGCACAUCUUCGUGCAAAACCGCUCACACUACAUCAACCCGGCCUCGCACGAGCAGUUCAAGAAGCUCGGGCUGUGGAUUGAGCGGCACCGCGCGGGGCUGAUGGUGGUCCUCGACCGCGACCCGCUCUUCGCGCAGCGGUAUGUGUUAUACGGGGAGUGGCUCGUGGCGACGCACUCCAUCCCGUAUAGCUGCCUCCCGGACUGGUUCCUUGCAUUCGACCUCUAUGACCGGAGCACCGGGAGGUGGGCGAGUCGACGGAUACUGGAGGCGCUUCUGGCAGACACGGACAUCUGCUUGGCGCCGGUCGUGCACGAAGGCAGGAUGCUCGGCGAGGACGAGCUUCGCGAGUUCGUGCAGAGGCCUUCGCUGUACUAUGACGGGCCUGUGGAAGGGGUGUAUGUCAAGGUCGAGAGGAAUGGCGAGGUGGUCUCACGAGGCAAGGUCGUGCGAGCGGACUUCAUCGCUGGGAACGAACACUGGUCCAAGGGGCCUCUCCGGAUGAACGUCCUUCAAGUUGAGGACGCAAGUUGACCCACGGCUCUGCAACUUCGUCUGUAUGAGCACCCGAGGAAUACCGCGCCACACGUGGCUACUGAUAUUACAGGAAUAUACUGCAGGCUGAGAGUUCCUGUUCACCCACCUCCUACCAUGCCAUGGUCACCGCGAGUGGGAAGAACCUGUUUGACGGCCACACCGACCGUGGCAUGUCGAUGCGAGCUUGGGAAGGGGUCAUGGGCCGGUUAUCUAGACUAAGCUAGCUAUUAUAUUCGCAUCCACAUAGCUCUGCUGGAUAAACC